UCGCCACUACCAAAUUACAUAAUAUAAACACAAAAACGUUUCAGCUGUUAUUUUUUAGCCCCAAUCCACUCCCAUGUUUAAUAAAGCAAGAAGUGGCGUAAAACUGGUGCUGUUCUGCGUGUAAAUCCCCGGUUUUUUAAUUUUUGUAUUUGCAGCUUCGUUUUUUUUCCAAAACUCUUGACAAUAAGUCACGAAUCAAUUGUCAACACUUCCAUUCUGCGUUGUUUCAUAAAGUGGGCUCGCAGAUGUACUUGAAGCUUCCCAGUGGGGCAAAAAUGCCGGUUUUGGGUCUGGGGACUUGGGAGGCAAUAAGCGAUGAGGAGAUCGAAACAGCGGUGAACACCGCACUUGACUUCGAGUAUCGUCACAUCGACACGGCGUGGGUGUACGAAAACGAGGGGGCUAUCGGGAAAGUUUUGAAAAAACGCUUCGCUUCGGGGCUGAAACGGAAGGAUGUUUUUAUUACGACGAAAUUGCCUAUGACGGGGGUGCACCCCGAGAGGGUGUCCAUGUUCAUGGAGAAGUCUUUGGCGAAUUUGCAAUUGGAUUACGUCGAUUUGUACUUGAUUCAUUUCCCUGUUGGUUGUAAAUAUUACGAGGGGGAGACGAGGCCCAAAUUCAACGAUAAAGGGGAGAUUGAGACUGAGGGGAGGACCGAUCAUGGGGCCCUAUGGAAGAAAAUGGAAGAGUUGGUCGAUUCGGGAAAGGCGAAAAACAUCGGUUUGUCAAACUACAACAUUUCCCAAAUUGAAACAAUCCUGCAAAACGCCAAGAUUAAGCCUGCGGUGCUCCAAGUCGAGCUCCACGUCUAUUUACAACAACGCGAACUUGUGGAAUUUUGCCAGAAAAACAAAAUUGUUGUCGUCGCUUACUCCCCCUUGGGGAAUCCCGGGAUGAACAAAUUCCUGCAAAAACUGGGCCAACAGCCGAGACAGUUAGCAAACAUCCUGGAAGACCCAGUCGUUGGCGAAAUCGCCAAAAAACACAAGAAAACCCCGGCGCAAGUCGCGUUGCGAUUCUUGGUACAGAGGGGCUGUGCUGUCAUUCCCAAGAGUGUAACGCCGAAAAGGAUCGAUGAGAAUCGCAAAUUGUUCGAUUUUGUUUUGAGUGAUGAGGAAAUGAAGGCUUUGCAGGGGCUAGAUGUGGGGGAAGCGGCCAGAGUCUGCGAUUUUAAGGUUUUUGGGGGACUUGACAAGCACCCCGACUUCCCGUUCACACGACAGUGAACCUUUUGCCCCCAAAACUGGCAAAUUACAGGAAAUAUAAAAUUGUGGUGUAAUGCUGGUUGCAUACACUCAAAGUACCAAUUGAGACUAAUUGAAUUAUUACGCAACAAAUAAACUAAUUAAUGACAAA